ACCCUUUCGCCUGACACACUGUGGGAAGCCGGCCUAAAGUUGGAUUUCAAGGGCACGAGUUGCGGUACAACCGCGGGGGGCGCAGAUGGAGGGGCGGAAACCGGAAACGCAGCCCCGCCUAGUGCGGCAACCAGCUCAGCCGCCGCCGAGCAGCAGUUCAACAUUUUUCCGGCCAUCUUCUCGCGGCAGCUGAAUUUCCAUCAGGGAAACCACGGCAAACUGAUGGACGAACUGCGCCCCAACCUGGGGUUGCUGGGUCUGGUAGAGGGAGGGGACCAUCUGCACCAUCAUCACCAUCAUCAUCAUGGAGGCGAGAAGAGGACGAAGUCGGAGCCGGAUUUUAGCGCCCUGUAUGCACUGCCCGGCCCCGGCGGGUUGGAUUCUCAACAACACACCCCUUCGCCAGGGAGGCCGCUCACAGAUCACGCAGGCGCUGAUGGAGCUUUCAAGAAGCUGAAGAACGAACCGAUGUCCGGAUCGGGAGGAGUGGGGGGUGGACCCUCCCCUACCGUCGUUCACACUCCCACCACCGCCUCUUGUCCAACACCUGCCCGGCGACGUCAUAGGACCACAUUCACACAGGAGCAAUUAGCUGAACUAGAAGCUGCUUUUGCCAAAUCACACUACCCCGACAUCUACUGCCGCGAAGAACUGGCUAGGACUACAAAACUGAACGAAGCUAGGAUACAGGUUUGGUUCCAGAACAGAAGAGCCAAGUAUCGAAAGCAGGAGAAACAGCUGCAGAAGGCAUUGGCUCCGUCGGUGCUGCCCACUUGCAACGGCGCCAUGAUGCGAAACAUCUACCCAACUGCCAGCCGCGGCUAUCAGCCCUGGGCGAGAUCGGCAACUGCCGCCCCCCCCAAAAAGUGGCCCAAAAAGUUCGUAUUUCAGAUGACAACCAGUAGUUACCCCAGCAUGACCCAACCGUUCUCAAUGAGUCAUAGUGCGUCGAAUAUGACUGCCGCAGUUACGGGGAUGAGGCAAGAGGCUAUGGGUGUUUUCCACAGAAUGAGUGCUGAAGACGAAUGGUACAACAAGAGCCUAUCAGCCCUGCGGAUGAACUCCAGUCACCACCCCAACCUCGCCGCGCCAAUGCUACAGUACCAGACGUAAUGCAAUGAGAUAGUGCACGCACUCAACAAUUUAUUCUCAUGAAAAACACUAGAAUCCAACAAUAAAACACGCAAUAACAACUCAUUUCAGCCACAUAUAACAAAGUAAUAGACAGCAUACAGUUCUACAAAGGUAAACCACAUAUUCGUUAUUUGAAAUUUUUGUUCUUUCCCAUGACAAACAAUUAAAUCAACUCUGUUAGGGCCGUUUGCACAGUCAAAGCUUAAACUCGAUUUAAUCAGCUGGUGGCUUAAGCUCAAAAUGAAGCACAUUAUAACAAACCAGACUUGAUACGGAUUUAAUCCACUUAAAAAUUAAAUUUAGUUUAAACUGUCACUGUGUGAACGGCCCAGUGAGACUCCAACACUGCAGAAUUAACAGAGCAAAUUAAUCUCAACAUUCUACGGUGUUCUCAUCAAUUUUCAAAAUGUCAUUAAAUUUGCUGUGAAUUCCCGUAAAUUUGAGGAACUUUGAAUAUUUGGUUCACAGAGAGAUAUUAGUUAUUUGGUUACUAUAGUUUCAAUUAGGUUGAAGGAUGAUUUAUUAACAUUUGCAAAGUUCCAGAUAGUUUUUUGACUACUCUACUCAAUGAGUAGACCUAGUUGUCAAUAGAUUAUAAUAUAUGCGUAUGGUGCGAGCAGCAAAAUACAAUAGAUUGUUAUUUGUCAAAUUUUGAUAAGUUGACUUUGGGUCGUUUCCACAGUGAUAGCUUGAACCAAUGUACUUAGAAUACUAGGUACCUAUUCUAGGAACCUUGGCUUAAACUGAAAUGAAUCAGCUGGUUGAUUAAUCUCAUAACUAAUCACAUUAGAGCGAACGAAACUAAAAAUUGAUUUAAUCCAGUUUAAGCUGAGGUCCUGAGAUUCCGUUCAAACUAACACUGUAGAAACGGCCCUUGGGUUGAAUACGGUAAGUUACUGAUUUAUUAUUAAUUAUUAAUGAUUAAUUAUUUCAGCUGGGUUUUGCUUACUUUGCCGAAAAGUAUUCGCGUUAUAUUCAUAAAUUUAUUAUAGUUCACCAAUAUUCCAGACAAUAUUUCUCGUACAUACCUAAUAUGGGUUACCUAAUAAUGGUUAUGGUUUUAUUAGAAGAGUAUUCAAUGUAAAAGCACAGUAUAUCAAAGUUUCUAUUGUUAUUGAUUUUAUUUUCGUAGCCGUCCAUUGUUUGUUGUUUUCAGUUCAUUCGUCAAAAGUUGAUUUAUUAUUUA